CGGUCAGAACCCGGAAGACAAAACGCGCGCACCCAAUCCGCUCUGCCCUGGAAGCUGUUUACACUUCCACACAUGCUGCAACAUGUAUUAUAUGUGCCUUAACGUUUAUGUUAUCUGUCUUUUCACUGACUUAUUUUCAUAUUUUCAAUAGUCGACACUUCAACUAAUGGCUGACGUCACGAAUCCAGAAAAUGAAGGAGAUCUUCAGGCUCAGGUUGCUCCCAGGGUGUCUGCCUUGCUUCAUUAACACAUAUGCAUAUUGAAGAGGUGGAGGCUCUGUCCUCCAUCUACGGGGAGGAAUGGUGUGUCAUAGAUGAAGCAUCCAGAAUAUUUUGCAUCAAAAUAUCCGACGACUUAGAGGAGCCAAAACUGACAGCAUGUUUGCAGAUCAUUCUCCCGUAUGAUUAUCCGAGCGCCGCCCCACCUAUCUACCAAAUCAACGCAGCGUGGUUGCGAGGCCCUGAGAGGACCAGAUUGGCAAACAGCCUGGAAGACCUCUAUGUGGAGAAUGUGGGGGAGAGCAUCCUCUACCUGUGGGUGGAAAAAGUUCGGGAAUUCCUCUUGGAGAAAUCCCAGAGCUCAGAAACAGUGGAGCAGCCAGAGAAGGUGAACAUGACGGCUGAGGAGGAAGUGGAUGAUCCUGAAGACAUACCAGACUUCAAGACUCUCCAGCUGAACACAGAACAUGCACAUCUGUUCAUGGAUCAUGCAAACGAUGAAGAGUUACCUCCCAUAAACCAUGGAAAUGCCAUCACAGACCGACGCAGUACCUUCCAGCCUCACCUAGCACCUGUGGUGACUCCCAGACAGGUUAAAAUGGUCUUGGGGAAGCUGUAUGAGAACAAGAAGAUUGCUAGUGCCACUCAUAAUAUUUAUGCUUACAGGAUUUACUGCGAGGACAAGCACAGCUUCCUGCAGGACUGCGAAGACGACGGCGAGACGGCCGCGGGGGGGAGAUUGCUCCAUUUACUGCAGAUUCUGGACGUGCGUAAUGUCAUGGUGGUCGUGUCUCGGUGGUAUGGAGGUAUUUUGUUGGGUCCUGACCGUUUCAAACACAUCAACAACUGUGCUCGCAACAUCCUGGUAGAGCAAGGAUAUACUGCUGCCAUGGUUAAAUACAGAGCGCAGCGAAACAUGACCCGCCGGGCUGUGUUCAAGAUGGUGGCGGUGUGGGUGCUGGCCUUCCUCCUUUACGGCCCCGCCAUCAUCUUCUGGGAGACGAUCGUCGGCGAGAGUGUCGUCCCGAGCCACGAGUGCUACGCCGAGUUUUAUUUCACCUGGUACUUCCUGCUCAGCGCCUCGACCUUCGAGUUCUUCACCCCGUUUGUGUCCGUGGCGUUCUUCAACCUGAGCAUUUACCUGAACAUCCAUCGCAGGACCAGGGACGGCGGCGGCGCCUGCGCCGAGGACGACGCCAAGCCGCAGAGGAUCGGUAAGAAGCAGAGGGACGGGGCAGCCUGGUCCGUGUUUUUUGUGAAGACUCGGAAGGUGUCUUCCAGCGAGCCUACUGCCAUCUCUGCGGUCAUCGAGGAUGACGACGACGUCCUGGCCCCUUCUUCCUGCGUGGACCCUAAUAACAGUCAGGUAUUCAUGCAGAGGGGUAAGUUCUCUCCCGACAGAAAAAACUCCAGGCCGUUUCAGCACACGGCCUCGUGCAUGGCGCCUGGCCGCAGGAAACAGAGAUCUCGUCUGACUCGAGACAAAAAGAUCGCAAAGUCUUUGGCCAUCAUUGUCUGCAUCUUUGGGUUUUGCUGGGCUCCUUACACUCUGCUAAUGAUUAUCCGCGCCGCCUGUAGCGGCGAAUGUGUGGCCAACCACUGGUACGAGAUUACGUUCUGGCUUCUGUGGCUGAACUCGGCCAUCAACCCGUUCCUUUACCCUCUGUGCCACAGCAGCUUUCGAAGGGCUUUCUCGAAGAUACUGUGUCCGAAAAGACAAUCAGUCCAGCCUCAGAUUGAGGCUCAGUCUUGUUAGAUGAACUCAAUUGCACUUCCAUGCUUUUAUGAAUGCAGUAACUGUUGUUGGGUCAAACACUGUAAAAAUCCAUAUACUGUUCUUCCAUCAAAAAAAAAAAAAAAUCCAGUUUUCAAAAAUAAGAGAAAUGUUUGCAAGGAUUGUCACAGCAUAUCUGACAGCAAUAUGACAAUUCAACACAGCCAUGAAAAGGUGCGAGAAGACGAACUGCAGUUCUAAUAUUCAAAGACAAUCUCUGUAAGUAGGACAGGCAGAAGGGACGUGGUUUAAGCUUUAUCACCACUCACUUCUUUAUGUCCUCAAUGCUGUGAAAUGAUGACUUGAGCCAGAUUGUGGGUGAUGAUUAUAAUUUAGUCUGAGAUGUUAAGGGAGAACUGCAGCACCACCGAGUUGUUCAAUUAUGGUCUGUCUGCUUGUUAAGCACAGCGGAGGGAGACAGCGACGAGAAAACCUUCAACUCUUAUUUAGAUCAAAGAGGAUUUUAUGGUAUUUUAAGGAUUUUAUAAAGUUUCAUAAUCUCUCCGAAACCCUGGCCUUUUGCACAGGUCUUCAAAAAGAAGCUUUGCAAAUUCAAGCUUUUUAUCAUGCAGCAAAAGGAUGACAAAUGUGGAGUCCUCAUAUUUCAAAGCACCUGAAGCGAGUACCUGGAUUUGUUUACUGUGGUUUAUCACGGUGAUGUUGUAUUUCAUGUUAUCUGAAAAGUGGGCAAGGGUCAUGGGGAAUCAGCUGUUAUCUGCCAACACUGAAUCUGCACUUAAUUUUAAUGAGGUGUUCUUGUUGAUGUUAAAAAAAACAAAUGUACAGCACAAAAAAAAUAGAAACUUUUGUACAAUAUUAUCUAUGCCUAGUUGCAUUGUGUUCUUUGAGUGCAGUAUUUAUUCAAACACUUGACUAGUUAAUUCCACUCAAACUACUGGACUAUUUUGUAUAUUGGCUAUGAAUGUGUGUUGGUGUAAGUAGCCAAAGAAAGAAUAAAAAAAAGACUGCC